CUGUAGCUCAGUCCCUGGUGAAGUGCCCUCUGCCAGGGUAACGUACUCCGUACGCCCGUGGGUGGGCAUGGCGUCCGGCAGGGCAGCGGGGUCCCUCAUGCGGGCAGUGCGAGUGAGCGAGUUUGGUGGUCCAUCAGUCCUCAAGCUGUGGGCAGACGUGCCCAUACCCGAACCUGCUGACCACCAGGUGCUGAUUCGUGUGCACGCGUGUGGCGUGAAUCCCGUGGAGACCUACAUGCGAUCUGGAACGUACGCCCGGAAGCACCUGCCCUGGACACCAGGGAACGAUGUGGCGGUGUCAUUGAGCAAGUGGGGCAGCACGUCACCGCCGUCAAGGAAAGGAGACCGCGUGUUCACGUGUGGGACCGUGAGCGGUGGAUACGCUGAGUACACCAUCGCUGCCGGGGACACCGUUUACCCGUUACCGAACAGUCUGAGCUACAAGCAAGGGUCGGCGAUCGGCACACCGUACUUCACCGCCUACCGAGCCCUCUUGCAAAAAGGCCAGGCCAAGGCAGGAGAGACCGUCCUGGUCCACGGGGCCAGCGGAGGGGUGGGGACGGCAGUCUGUCAGAUCGCCAGAGCGCUGGGCAUGAAGGUUCUGGGCACGGCUGGCACACCAGAGGGCAUGCGUCUGGUGGAGAACAGCGGGGCGCACAGGGCCUUCAACCACCGACAAACAGGGUACACCGACAUCAUAGAGAUUGUGGGCUGUCGGGGCAGCAUUGAGAUUAAUCCCAGAGAUACCAUGGCCAAGGAGAGCAGCAUCAUUGGUAUUUCGCUCAGUUCAGCAACCAAGAAGGAGCUGCAGGAGACGGUGGCUGCACUGUUGGCGGGGAUGGAGGUGGGCUGGCUGCGGCCGGUGGUGGGGUCCGAGUUCCCGCUGGACCAGGCGGCCCUGACCCACGAGCUGAUCAUGCAGGGGGGGGCGUUGGGCAAGAUGAUCCUGAUCAUCUGACCCACGGACUGUGUGGGGAGAGGAGGCAACUCACAGGGACAACCGGCACCACGCGUGGAACAGCACAGCCACAGGCCAUUCGGCCCACAUGAUGCCAAGUUCAACUCUUCUCUUCUGCCCCAUAAAUGAUUGGAGCAGAAUUAGGCCACUCAGCCCAUCAAGUCUCCACCAUUCAAUCGUGGCUGUUCUAUCUCUCCCUCCUAACCCCAUUCUCCUGCCUUCUCCCCAUAACCACCCGCAUUAAUCCAUAUCUCUCCAUU